ACGUCGAUGUUGCCCAAUCAGACGGCUCGAAAGUGAGGCACCGCCAAGAUCAGAUUGUGAGACGCGCUGCUGUAGCGAGGCUAACGGGGAGCGGACAGAAAGGGCUAAACACAGAGUGACGCUAACUUGCGAAGUGCACCGGGGUUUGAAGAGUAAAAAAAAGAGGAAAAUAUUUUUUUUAACCUGAAUCUCAACUUCUCCGGUCCUUUGGGAUCAUGGCAAAAGAUGUUGGUCUGAUUGAAACAAAUGGCGAGUUGAAGGUUUUCAUCGAUCAGAAUCUGAGCCCCAGCAAAGGCGUCCUAUCUUUGGUUACUGUCCAGCCCACAGCUGCACCUUUGGCCAAACAGCUACUCCCCAAAACCCUUGGGCCAUCGAACGUGAACAUUGCUGCACACAUGCAACAUGUGCCACACAUGGUGAUUGGAACACCCCAGAGGCCCACAGUAUCAAAUACAAUUUUGGUAAACAGUCCACACACACCAAGUUCCCAAUUCCUCACUCAGAGUCAACCAUCGGACGCCUCCCCUUGGUCAUCAGGAAAACGUGGAAAGAAAGGGGACAAGAAUGGAAAGGGCUUGAGGCAUUUCUCUAUGAAAGUAUGUGAGAAGGUGCAGAAGAAAGGAGUAACCACUUAUAAUGAGGUGGCAGAUGAACUGGUGGCAGAAUUCAGCUCUGCAGACAACCACAUGUCGCCCAAUGACUCGCAUGUGUAUGACCAGAAGAACAUUCGGCGGCGUGUGUACGACGCUCUCAAUGUGCUCAUGGCCAUGAACAUUAUCUCUAAAGAGAAAAAAGAAAUCAAGUGGAUUGGCCUGCCCACCAACUCAGCACAGGAGUGCCAAAAUCUAGAGGUGGAAAGACAAAGGCGGCUCGAGAGAAUUAAGCAGAAACAAUCACAACUUCAGGAGCUCAUACUGCAGCAAAUAGCUUUUAAGAACCUGGUUCAGAGGAACAGACAAGCGGAGCAGCAGGCAAACAGAUCCCCACCUCCCAACUCCAUCAUCCAUCUUCCCUUUAUUAUCGUCAACACCAGCAAGAAAACUGUCAUCGACUGCAGCAUCUCCAAUGACAAGUUUGAAUAUUUGUUCAAUUUCGACAACAUGUUUGAGAUCCACGACGACAUCGAGGUGUUGAAGCGUAUGGGUAUGGCCUGCGGUCUGGAGGUGGGAAAGUGUUCUCCAGAGGAUCUGAAGGUUGCACGGAACCUGGUGCCCAAAGCUCUGGAACCCUAUGUUAUAGAGAUGGCAAAGGGUCCCAUCAGUAAUGUCUACAUCACUGGAGGAUCCUCGGCAAACGGAGCGCGUUACCCAGCGAGCAGUGACGGCUGCACUGAUGGGACGAUGGCCUCCAGCUCAAACGACUCUCACUACAGCGGCUCCCGCGUGGAGACUCCAGUGUCGUACAUGGGAGACGAUGACGACGAGGACGAAUACGACGAGAACGACGACGAAGACUAGACCUGGUCUGCGUCUCGCCGCUCCAACAAGCACAGUCCUAAAAAGAAAAAAACACCCCUUCCUGUGUGUGCUUCUUCAGCCCCUCCCUGUUUCCCCCAUGCCUGUAUUUCUGUCUGGCUUUCUCAGGGGUGUACAUGAAAAUUGAACAGAGGUGUGUUUAUGGCACCCAUCUUUUUCCUGCUCCUGAAUCACGUGCACCUGCACUACAGCUCUGGGGGGGGUGGUGUCAUCCAAGGGAACUGUGGCCUUGGCUGCCACCACACUGAAGUCUUUGUAUGUCCCGAUCCACUUCUCAAUAAGCCAUCCCAGUAAAAAAACAAAAAAACAAAACAACCCUCUGUAAAACCUACUGCUGUUGGAGAAUGUAUAAUGUACUUGUUUGAAUAGUUAUUUCCUAUUAUUUUUGCAGUUGCGUAUAGCAGACGUGAUGAUGUUCAAAGUGUCCCAUGACGGCCAAAAAGGUCUGCGUAACCAUGGUUUCGGGAAAAGGCCUGAUUACAGUUGCCACGUCAUCUCAGGAUGGGGCUCCAUCAGAUGUGUUGAUACUUUUUUUGUUUUUCUGUUCUGGGCAAUAAUUUGAGAUAGUUUUUCUCCCACCCUCCCCGGUUUUGUUGGACUGGCUUCCUUCUGUUCUGUAGGCAGCUGCUUUUCUGAUCUCAUUUGCUAGUUCUGUUUUGUUUUUUUUUGUUUUUUUUGUAUUUGUAUUGGAGUUGAGGAAUUCUCCAUCACCACCACCCUGUUAACGCCUUGGUAGUGUUUACAAAAAUAAUGGCACCAGCAAGGUCAAGGACUUUCAUAACCCAGGCUCCUGAUAGGUAAAUAAGCUUUGUUUGUAAUUACAUAUAUGAAUCCUAUGACGAUUGUAGCUUAUAGUAUCCUUUAGAGGCCAGUGGUAAAGAUAAAAUUAUUGAUGUAACAAAAAAAUGUGUGGUUGUGUAGGUCUUGAUGUGCUCCCUUCAAAGAUCUCUUUUAAAACUGAGCAACACAUGUACUGACUCUUCCAAAUACCUUUUUCUGUAAUCUAAUAUAAGUUUGCAAAUUAAAUAUAGAUUGUUUUAA